UCAGGCAGAUGUCAGUUUUUUUACCCGCUCGGUUGAUAGAUCAAUUCUCGGUCCGCCCCAUGUGCAUUUGAAGUUAUUAUAUAUUAUCCGUAAAGUAAACCACCUUAUAAUGCUUAUUAAAGAAUUCCGAGUAACCUUACCAUUAACUGUCGAAGAAUACCAAGUUGCACAGUUGUUUUCUGUAGCAGAAGCAUCAAAGAAUGAAACAGGUGGUGGAGAAGGAAUAGAAGUUUUGAAAAAUGAACCAUUCACAGACUUUCCACUUCUUGGUGGAAAGUAUUCGUCUGGUCAGUACACAUACAAAAUCUAUCAUUUAGCAUCCAAAGUACCUGCAUUUAUAAGAUUACUGGCCCCAAAAGGAUCUCUAGAAAUUCAUGAAGAAGCCUGGAAUGCGUAUCCAUAUUGCAGAACUGUUAUUACUAAUCCUGGUUACAUGAAGGAAAAUUUUGUCAUCUGCAUUGAGUCAUUACAUGUAGGUGAUACUGGAGAACAACAAAAUGUACAUGAGUUAACUGGUGACAAGCUAAAGAAUCGUGAAGUUGUACAUAUAGACAUUGCCAAUGAUCCUGUCACUACAGCAGAUUAUAAGCCGGACGAGGAUCCCACUAAAUUCAAAUCUCAGAAAACAGGCAGAGGGCCUCUAGUUGGCCCAGGAUGGAAAAAUAAUCAAAAUCCAGUAAUGACCUGUUAUAAACUAGUCACUGUUGAAUUUAAGUGGUUUGGUUUACAGACAAGGAUAGAAAAUUUCAUUCAAAAGUCAGAACGAAGGUUAUUCACAAACUUUCACAGGCAAGUGUUCUGUUGGAUGGACCGCUGGCAUGGAUUAACGAUGCAAGAUAUUCGUGCAAUAGAAGAUCGAACUAAGGAAGAACUGGACAAGCAACGUAAUCAAGGCGAAGUCAGGGGAAUGCGAGCUGAAACAGAUUAAACCACUAAAUAUUGUAUGAAUGUUUAACCAAAAA